AUGGUUAUUGUAGGUAAAAUAUGUAGCCUAAACGUGUUCUUUAUAAUAAGGCAGAUUUGGAAUGUUGCUUUCCUAGAUAAGAUUUCUAUUUAUAAGGAUUACAAUGUUCUCUAUACAAAUGCAAUAAAUAUCCACAAUCAUGUAUAUUCUAUUUACAUGGCUAUAAUGGAUCAAGAUUAAAGGCUGUCUGAUAUGCUUUCUAUGUAUGUAGAAGUGAUUUUGAUUUUUGUUCAUUUGAGUUUUAGGCAGCUGGAUAGUCCUAAUGAGACUUUGUAACUUUUGGGUAAUUAGACAUUUUUAUGAAGUUUAAAAGAAAAGGAAAACAUAGCAUUAGUAAUUCAAUUUUUGAAAGAGAAAUAUUUUCAUAUUAUUUUGUGGGGAAGAUCGAUUGGAGCUACUACAGCCUUGAUGUAUACUCAAAAAAAGUGAGAAUAUAAAAUGUUUGGUUUUAGAUAGUCCAUUUUUAAUUUUGGAAGAUGUAAUCAUAAAUUUAAUAAAACUAAACUACGCACUCCAAAUAUAAUAAAUAAAGGAUUAUAUGAAUUGAUAAGAAGUAUAAAAUCUUAAUAAUUCAGGAUGCAUUGCAAAAUUGUAUCAAUUUUGCCUAUAAAUUUAAAUAUCACUUGUCCAAUGCUAUUUUUAGCAUUAAAAUAAGAUAGUCUAAUUCCUUAAUAUCAUUUUGAUAAUAUUUAAUUGAUAUCCAGGGCAUUAGAGAUAGGUAGUUUUUUGAUGUAAUCACAACGAAUAAUAAUUGAAUUUACAUAAGCUAUGACACCCCAAAGUCGAUUCAGUCCAAUCAAAUAUCCUAAUCGGUUAUUGGGUGAUUUGGAUGAGUAAAAAUAUAUAGCAACAGGAAUUCAUAUAAAGUAAAAAAAAUAAUGA